ACCGGAGCGCCUCAGACAGUUUCCGAUCUCGGCGAGGCUCGCGUCAGUUUUUCAAAAUCGUGUUUUUAGAGGUUCUAGGGAGAUUGUGGCACAUCGGUUAAUCUGGGCAGAUAAACGGUGAACGAGGGGGAAAAAAAGUCGCGAGAGGCGUGAAGGAUAUUUAGCAAAAAUUGACUCAGUCGUUUAGUGUGCGGAGUGAGAAGAAAACAUGACUGCUGCUGCAUUCAGGGAUCGAUUAGUGGCGCUUGUGGCUGUUCAGCUGCUUGUGCUGGACCAACUUGGGUUGGCGAUGAAGUUCGAUGUGAAACCUGCAUUCAUCAAAACGUGCCGUUUCUCAGAUGAGGAUUUCGUCGCAUGCUCAACCGAGGCGGUGCAGGGAUUGUUCGACAAAUUGGUGACAGGCAUCGAAGGGCUCGAGCACGUCGGCACGAUCGACCCGAUGAAGAUCAACAAGAUCCGGAUCCUGCAGGGUGACGGGCCGGUCAGCGUGAACGCAUCCCUCUCCAAGGUGGUCAUGACGGGUUUCGCCAAAACGAAAGUAGUUCGCAAUGUUGUCAGCAGCAAGGACUUCAGCUGGGAGACCCACAUCCAGCUGCCGAAGAUGCGCCUCGAGGGCAACUACCACAUGCAGGGCCGCAUCCUGGUGAUCCCGCUGAACGGCCACGGCAAGUGCUGGUUCGAACCAAGCGAGAUGGACAUCGUAAUGAAGACCUUCACCAAUCUGUACGAGCGGGACAACCACGUGUUUUACAACGUGACGGACACCAAGGUGGACUUCAGCCUCACCGGUCUGCGGCUACACAUGGGCAAUCUGUUCGAGGGGGUCAAGGUGCUCGAGGACAGCACCAACCAGUACCUGAACGACAACUGGCGACCGGUAUCGGAUGCGCUCAAACCCAUCAUCGCCAAAACGAUCGAGGACAUUCUGUUGGCGUUCAUGCAGAGCAUCUUCCACCAGAUUCCGGCCGAGUACUUCGUGGCGGAUCUGCCCCGGUCGGGUUAGAGUUUUCCCGUGUUGAUGAUCUUUUUUUCUCGACAUUUCGUAUUAUUGCAAUUUUUGUGUAAAUAAAUUUUGUUCGGUGUCACCAAAAA